AUGGAACAUGUUGAAGAGUUAAAAUGGCACCGCUUUCCUACGAAAGACGAAGAUAGAAAAAGGAAGUGGGCUUCACUUGUGGCCAAAGGGAGAUGUGAGUUUGUUCCAACUGAUAACAGCCGCAUAUGUUCAAACCAUUUUUCAGAUGGCAAACCCACCAAUAAAAAUCCAAAUCCCAUACUUUAUUUGACAUUAGAUGACUACCGACACCCAAAAAAAUUAAAUUUACGAGAGAGUCCUUCAAAAAAAAGAAAAGUUUCCUCAUGCAGCCCUCAGCCUUCAUGUUCAACAAUUGAUGAACAGGAGGAAUGUUCAGAAAACCCUAUUCCUGCUAUUGAUAAUGUCAACAUUGCCAUUGCAAUGCAGUUUGCUCAAAUUACUAGAGAAAGUGAUGUUAGAUUUUUUACUGGGUUUGAGAGCACAAAAAGUUUCCAAGAAAUAUUCAACUUUUUAGUGCCAAGAGCACGACUGAUGAAAUAUUGGGAAGGUGUAAAAAGAAGUUCCGGUGUAGAGAGAGAAGAACCUAAUCAGCAAAGAAUUGAUACCAUAAUAUUAUCAAAUGUGUAUGCGGAAGGAUCUGUAUUGCCCAUUAACAAACCAGGACCUCAGCGAAAGACUACUUUAGAACAAGAAUUUUUAUUAACUGUCAUGAGAUUGCGUCUGGGAUUGCUCAUUAAGGACUUGGCUUUUAGAUUUCAAAUUUCAACCACCAGAGUUUCUCAAAUCUGGAUAACUUGGGUCAAGCUUUUAUCGAAAGAACUACGGCACCUCAUUAUAUGGCCAUCUAAAG